AUGCAAUUGGCGAAGGAUGAAGCACACGAGCUGCCCCUCGCAGCUAAAGUCAUACAAGAAAACUGUUACAUAGACGACUUUCUCACUGGAGGUAACACAGAACACGAGGUAAUUGAAACUUACAAACAACUUUCAGAAAUACUGAAGCGAAGAGGUUUUAGGAUUCAUAAGUUCUGCAGCAACAGUAAAACUGUUCGAAACAUUAUUCCGUCUGAGCUACAAGAAGCACUGUUCAAUUUUGAGGAAGCCGAUAUAAACUGUGUGAUUAAGACUCUCGGUUUAAUAUGGAAUCCUAACGACGAUUACGUCGCACUCAAUGUGAGUCCAAUCGAUGGCGUGUCCAAUCCGCCCCCGACGAAACGCAGCGUACUUUCUGCUAUCGGACAUAUUUUUGAUCCUCUUGGAUACAUAGGUCCUGUUAUAACGACAGCAAAACUGCUGAUGCAAGAUUUGUGGAGACUUAAAUUGAAGUUGGAUGAUGAAUUGCCGAUCGAGCAGCUCAAAUUGUGGACUACUUUUCGAGAGCAGUUUCCAUCGAUUAACGAAUUACGGAAACAACGAUGUGUUAUUUCAAACAAAGCAGCAACAAUAGAACUUCACGGUUAUUCGGACGCUUCCAAACGCGCUUACGGAGAAGUUUUGUGCACGAAAAGCAUUUUCCCUGACGGCACGGUUGAUGUUCAGCUGGUAUGUAGCAAAUCCAGAGUGGCACCUUUGAAGCUCGUGACCAUUCCUCGACUCAAGCUAUGCGAAACAAUGCUUCUCGCUCGUCUUGUGGAAAAAACAACUGCAGCAAUGAAAAUUCCUUUUUCGACUGUCACACUUCAUACCGAUUCGCAAGUGUGUUUGAGUUGGUUUAAAAAAUCACCGCUUGCUCUGAACCAGUUCGUGGCAAAUCGCGUGGCAACGAUACAUGAGCUUACUCAAGAUUACAACUGGUGUUAUGUGCGAUCUCAGGAAAAUCCAACUGCCGGAGCUCAAAACCGAUUGCGAUUGUUGCUGCUGUGA